GUCAAAUUAUUAUUUUUUCAUUUGUUGGGACUUCACACAACUUCUUUCUUUAUUUUACUUGAUCGCUUUUGUGUGAAUCUCUUAUUUAAUCAUGGUUGUUGCUACGACUCGUCCAUCUACCGAGGAACUUCAAUCUUCCGCCAAACGCAUAAAAUCCGCUGAGGGCGAAAGUCAGAUCGGCAAGUUCCAUGCUGGCCUAUUCGACCAAGCUUCGCGGGAUGCGCUCAGAACCACGAUUGCUUCGUCGAAACCCUAUCAACAUUGUAAAAUUGAUAAGCUCGUCGAUGAUGACCUGUUACGGCGAGUACGCAAGGAGAUCUUUGAUAAUAUUUCAUUUACUGCCAAGGAAACCGAUAUCUACAAGGUGAACCAAAGUGGUGAUUUGGCCAAUAUUGAUGGUUUACCUGAAGAUGAAAAACAGCGAUUGUCAUCCUUAUUUGAAUUGCGCAAUGCUAUUUAUUCAAACGAAUUCCGUGAAUUUAUCUCUGACAUUACCGGAUGUGGCCCGUUGUCGCCGUCAAAGAUGGAUAUGAGUGUCAACACUUACACCGAGGGUUGCCAUUUACUUAACCACGACGAUGUCAUUGGUACUCGACGAGUCUCCUUUAUUUUGUAUAUGCCAGAUCCCGAUGAACCUUGGUAUCCUUCCUACGGUGGUGCAUUGGAACUGUAUCCCGUAGUGGAACGUGAUACACCUGCCAUUGAACCCUCCGUCAGCGUGCCCCCGAAAUGGAAUCAGUUUGCCAUGUUCACCGUUCUUCCAGGUUAUUCAUUCCACGCCGUCGAAGAAGUGGUCGUUGAAGGAAAGCCUCGACUCAGUAUCCAAGGAUGGUUCCAUUUCCCGCAACCCGGCGACCCUGGUUACGAUGAGAAGCUUGGCAACACCGAUGGAAAAUCAUCAUUGAAGCAACUAGAAGAGCAAAUGGAUACAAGUGAUAAUUUCAACAGUUAUGUUUUACCCAUGUCGGAAGAAGAGGACGUUUCUCUCACAGAACAGGAUCGUGAAGCAUUGGCGGCAUGGAUGAAUCCCACGUAUUUGAACGCCACCAGUCUGCAGCAGAUAUCGGAUCGCUUUUUGGACGAAUCGGCCAUUCAACUAAAGGACUUUUUACUUGAUGAUCUCUAUGAAAAGAUGAAGAAAGUUACUCUCCAAGCCGAUCAAGAGGAUGGAUUAACCAAACCCGCGCUUCCCUCCCAUGGUGCAGGUCUCCAUGGCAAGUGGGUUGCCCGGGGUUCACCGGUGUGCCAACGAUUCCUUGCUGUAGAUAUAGACUGCGAGCGCGUCCAUGAUGCAUCAAGUCAAUUGUUUACUGACUUGAAACGCCACUUUGAAUCCGAACCUUUUCGACGCUGGUUGGCCGUCGUUUCUCAGCUCAUACCUGGCGGUUAUCGAGGAGCAGCUCGUCGGUUCCGCCCGGGUUUGGACUAUACACUGGCCAAAGCCAAUACGCUCGGAAAAGCAGUGCUUGAUGUGACUUUCUGCCAUGCCACUAUCAGCAAUGCUGACAGUCUUGGCUUGUGGGACAGCGGCGAAUGUGGUGGCUAUGAGUGUUAUAUGGCUCCGCACGAAGGUGAUGACGAUGCCGCCACUUACAAAGCGGCGGAUGAAGAAGGCGCUUUACUCACCAUGCCGGCCGGAAACAAUGAAUUGGCACUUGUCCUUCGCGAUGAAGGCGUGAUGCGCUUCAUAAAAUACGUGAGCGGCAGAGCUCCGGGUUCGCGUUGGGAUGUAGCUUUUGAAUAUGAUUUGCAAAACCUAUAAAAGGCAAUGAUGAUUUCUCCCUUUGCGGAUUUUCUUUUCUUUUUUUUCUGUUGUCGCUUUUUCAAAUUUUUU